AUGAGAAAUCAGUCAACCACGGUAACUUCUUUUGUCCUCUUGGGAUUCUCAUACAACCUACCGGUCCAGAUUUUCCUCUUCUUGGUGUUCUUCUUUAUCUAUGCUGCAACUCUGAUGUGGAAUAUGAUGAUUAUAGUGGUAAUAAGGGGCAACAGUCACCUCCACAACCCCAUGUACUUCUUCCUAAGCCACCUGGCUUUUGUCGAUAUUUGCUUUUCUUCGGUCACUGUGCCUAAGCUGCUGCUGAUUUUCUGUGCAAGCCAGAGCAUUUCAUAUCAUGGCUGCUUUGCCCAGAUGUUUUUUCUUAUUUUUACAGGAACCACUGAAGCGUAUAUACUGGCAGCAAUGGCAUAUGACCGAUAUGCUGCCAUAUGCAGGCCCCUGCAUUAUGUACUAAUCAUGAACAGAACAUUGUAUAGACGGCUAGUGGUUGGUGCAUGGACAAUUUGUUUUGUAUAUGCUAUGGUAAAUACGUUACCUGUAUUGAGGCUAGUGUUCUGUGGUUCAAACGUUAUCAGACAUUUCAGCUGUGAAUUUCCAUCUGUACUUGCCUUAUCUUGCACAGAAACAUCCCCAAAUACCGUGGGAUUCUUCAUAAGUGCUGGUGCAGUAUCGGGUUCUUCAUUCUUUGUUAUUCUCGUGUCCUAUUUGUACAUCAUCUCAACUAUCCUGAAGAUUCAUUCAGCAGAAGCUAAGAGGAAAACCUUCUCUACUUGCAGUUGCCAUCUCAUUGUUGUAAUUUUAUACUACAGUGCUGGCUUUUUUAGGUACAUGAGGCCCAACACAGCCUCCUCAAUGGUUGUAGAUGAUAUCUUUUCCUUCCAAUAUAGUGUUUUCACCCCCAUGUUGAACCCCAUUAUCUAUAGCUUGAAAACCAGAGAAGUGAAGGAAGCCAUCAAGAAAUUAAUGGGGUACAAACCAUUGACUUCUCAUGAUAUGUAA